GAGAGAAAACAACAAUUUGCAGUAAGCAGCUAAAAAUAUAGUUUCACAUCGCCAUUUCUCGUUUCACAUUUUCAUUGCUACUUUCGAUUCAUACAUACACGUACGUGCGUACUACACAAAGGGGUUGUUUGUUUUUUAGUUUCAUCUCAUUUUGUAUUGGAUUUGUGAAUCUUUACAGUUAAUUCAGGAUCAUUCUUUACAAUUGUGCUCAAAAUUCUAGAAAAGAUCGAAUUUUUUGGGUAAAUUCAUAUAAAGAUUUGAUUUUUAAGGAGAAAGUAGGGUUUGGUUGAUAAAGAAUGGCCAAUGAAUCGACAUCAGAUCAUGACCCAGAUGAUUCUGAAGCUGAUUUUGUUGAGGUUGAUCCUUCUGGCAGAUAUGGACGGUAUAAAGAGGUUUUAGGGAAGGGGGCUUUCAAGAAAGUAUAUAAAGCUUUUGAUGAAUUGGAAGGGAUUGAAGUAGCUUGGAAUCAAAUUAAAGUUGCUGAUUUAUUGAGGAAUUCGGAGGACUUGGAGCGUUUAUAUUCCGAAGUUCAUUUGCUGAAGACUCUCAAGCAUAAGAAUAUUAUCAAGUUUUAUAAUUCUUGGGUGGACACGAAAACUGAGAACAUUAACUUUAUUACUGAAAUUUUCACGUCUGGAACUCUACGGCAAUAUCGGAAAAAGCAUAAGCAUGUUGAUUUGCGCGCGUUGAAGAAAUGGUCUAGGCAGAUUUUAGAGGGACUUUCCUAUCUCCAUAGCCACGACCCGCCGGUUAUUCACCGGGAUCUCAAGUGUGACAAUAUUCUAGUGAAUGGCAAUCAAGGAGAGGUGAAAAUUGGAGACUUGGGGCUUGCUGCCAUUCUUCAACAAGCUCGUUCAGCACACAGUGUCAUUGGUACUCCUGAAUUCAUGGCACCAGAACUUUAUGAGGAGGAAUAUGACGAGCUAGUAGAUAUAUAUGCCUUCGGGAUGUGCUUGCUGGAGUUGGUGACGUUUGAGUACCCUUAUGUGGAAUGCGCCAAUGCGGCUCAAAUUUAUAAGAAAGUGACAUCUGGAAUCAAACCUGCAUCAUUAAUUAAAGUGAAGGAUCCUGGAGUCAAAAUCUUUAUAGAGAAGUGUAUUGCAAAAGUAUCUGAUCGGUUGUCUGCCAAGGAGCUACUAAUGGAUCCAUUUCUGCGGUCAGAUGAAAAUAAUGAAGCUACAGGUCAAUCCUCACAAUCCUGUCGUCAACAGGCAGAUAAUAACAGGGAUCAUUUAAAUAAUGGUAAGAAUGGGGAAGAUCCUACACACGAGGGAAAUAGAGACUUUACUGUGCAGGGUCAGAGGAAAGAUCUAAACACCAUAUUUUUGAAGCUAAGGAUGACAGAUUCCACAGGUCAUAUACGAAAUAUUCACUUCCCAUUUGAUAUUGAAGUCGAUACGUCAAUUGCUGUUGCUAGUGAAAUGGUUGAAGAGCUAGAUUUGACUGAUCAAGAUGUAACAGCCAUAGCUGAGAUGAUUGAUACAGAAAUUCAUUCAUAUAUUCCAGAAUGGGCACCUGGAGAUCUUUUUGGUGAUCAUACUGAUACUGAAGUUGGAAUCUGUGAAAAUUUUGUCUCGGAAGGUCAGGAUGCUACUUCUCCCUUAACAAAUGAGUCAGGAGCUCGUUCCGGAAGUCUUGUCCUGGAGCGGAUGCCUUCAGGCAGGAAAUAUUGGUCUGAUUCGCCCAAAACAGGUGAUGCUUGCUCCCCGCAUAGACUGGGACCUUCAAACUUGUCUCAUGAGGAGUCUGCAACCCCUGGGGGUAGUUUGACUGAUGAAGAUGUGCAAUCAACAGCUAGCUGUCAGUACGAGGAUAAUGUAAACGAUGAUGCUUCACCGGAAAAGCAAAAUGUUGGUGUUCUUGACGAUGUUGUAGAAAAUCAAGAAUUUAAUUUGAGUGAUCAUUCACAUGGUUCUCUUGAUUCCCAUUCUGGCGAUAUAGCUCAUCCUCUCUUGAAAGACAAAACUCUAGAUGACACUGAUUUAAAUGAUGAUAACAUGAUUGCAGAGAAACUAAAGAACCUUCUGCUUGAGCAGCAAAGAGAGCUAGAUGAACUUAAGAAGAAGCACAAACAGAUUGUUUCAGGUCUUCUGAAAGAGCUUCCUCCAGAAACUCGUGAAAAAAUUGUAAGAACCUGUGACAUGGAGAUUUCUGAUUAUACAUCUGAAAGUGCUGAAGAGUGAUCCAAUUAGGACUCCUUGCUGCGUAUUUUAGUGAGUCCAUCUUACCUUUCCUGCUCAGCUGUGGAUAAUAAGUUGGAUAGAAUUAGAAUGCAUCAACCAUAUUGUCGUCCUUCAAAGUUUGAAGAUAUUUGACAGAUCUACAAAGUUGUAGCUUUUCUCUGGAAGGUUAGAAGCAGGCCUUUGUAACUUGACGAUAUUGGCUAAUGGGAGUUUCUGAGAUUGUGAGACGAGGUUAUAACUUGGAUAGAAAUCAUCUAAAGUUCUAUGGUUUUUUAAAGUGGUGAUUAGCAUUGCAUUAGAGUACCAACUCACUGCUGAUUCCAUGGUGCUUCCGAGGUGAGACGUUGCUUAUGUUUAAUGGGGACCUAUAUAAGUUCCAUAUGCAUUGGAAGCGAUUACUUGUCUCGGCACACAAUUGACCCACUCUCUAGUUACAGUACUAUCACUGUUUUAUGAAGAGUGUACUUGUACAUAUGGCAACAUAUAGUAUAAUGACAGCAUGUUGGGCUGAUUUUAUUGUGUUUGGCCUAUAUGUGUUUUAGAUAGUUUCCAUUUUUAGAUACUUCAUUGAGUUGAUUCAUAUAGGUUAACUUGUUUUGGAGAAUAAUUUCUGCAACAUAGUUUCUUCACUUGACAAAUGUAUAAAAAAGGAUUUAUAGAUUUCCAUUUGAUAAAUGUAUAAAAAACAAUGUGGAUGUAAACUAAUUUUUUCUGGGCAGAUUGUGAUAUUUCAUUCCUUUUAUAGUA